UAUACGUUUAUAUUCAUCUCUUCCCAAGAAAUAAUCGCUGAGCACGGGGUCGGCGACCAUGGCGGAACACCCAAGAAUAGGACCAAAUCCGCUACGCAUCGGUCUCCCCGACGAGAUGUUGGGCUUGGAGAUCCUCGUGCGCCUGCCCCCCAAGGACCUCGUGCGCUGCCGCGCCGUCUGCCGCUCCUGGCGCCGCCUCGCCUCCACCCGCGACAUCCUCCUGGCACACCACCGCCGCCAGCCCUCCCUCCCCCUCGUCCUCCUCCCCAAACACCGCUGCACAUGGGGCGACCUCCGUGCCUUCGACCACCGGGCCUCCGCCGCCGCCGGUGAGGUCCGGCUCCAGCCCAUCGCCCGGAUCGACGACGCUACUGCCAUCAGCGCGGAUGCCUCCUGCGACGGCCUCCUCCUCCUGUCGGUUUGUACAUUCUCGCCUUAUAUCCAGCGCUACUUCAUCUGUAACCCAACCACGCGCCAGAUUGGUCACGUCCCGGAGAUAGACGGCUUCAGAGCCACGGGGCUAUACCGGCAUCCGCCUACGGGCGAGCACCGGCUGCUACUGCACAUGAGGUCCAAGAAGAUGUUUGGCGAGAAUGAUCCCUGCUAUGUUUUCGCAUUGGGCUGCAACCAGCUGCGGCCAAGGUGCAUCGGCUGUCCGCCUGAGCUUGCGGGCUUCUUCGACGCGCCUGUCCUGGUAAGGGGUAACCUGCAUUGGAGCUGGUGGCCGUAUCCUGUGAAGAAGAAUCAGAGUGGCAAGAUGAUAACGGUGUUCGACACCACAGCCGAGUCAUUCCAUCUGAUGCGCACUCCAAUCACGGAGGCAAGGAGAGCAUAUCUGUAUGAGGUGGAUGACACACUCGGCAUCUACAGCUGCAAUGAUACCAUGACAGCCGUUCAUAUCUGGGUGAUGCAGGACUAUGAUAGCGAGGUCUGGUCCCAUAAAUACCAUGUCAAAUUGCCGGUGGCAGAGAUCAGGGAGCAUGAGGGUCGGGAUGUGGUGGUUGUCCACGAGGACAGGGAUGUGUUUGUCCUCUACAGUUUUGGACCAACACUGUUUCUCAUUGACACUGAGGGUAAAUUGCUGGCAAGUUCGCAGUUUGACGCCUGUAUCAGCUUGGUAGCUACACAUAGGUUCAAGCAAAGCCUUGUUCAACAUAACUUAUUUUCCGUGCUGCGGGGUGCUUUGAAUGCCUGGUCUUUCAUCUGAUGGCUGGAGAGGGGUGUUUCGUCCAUGUUGCUCUAGUAUUCUUGCUCUAGUGUCUCUAUCAACUGGAUGAAGCUUGUUUCCCCAGCUACUCUUUUGUUGAUCAAUGAAUUAUUAUGUUCGAAGACUACUUAGCUGGUUGCAAGAGUUAUGCUCAGGAAAGUAUAUGAAUUAUGUUUGAAGACUACUCAGCUACUUAGCAUGUCCAUUGUCUGCUUAGUCUCAAAUAUAUAUGAAAUGUGCAAAUUCUACUACAUCCAGAGUAAAGCCAGUAUUGUGCGCGUGUGGUUGCAGUAUUCUGAAGUAGAUACUCUGCGUGUUGAUGUUAUUGAAUUGCUGACUGAUGAAUGCUUUACUGCCGCUAUGUCAAAAUUUAUAUACUAA